GCCCGCGGCGAGCGCGCGUGCCGCAGUGUAGUACAAGCGUGCAGUGUGAGUGCGCGACUCGUCCCGUGCCCGUGCCAGUGGCAGUGUGUGCGUGCGUGUGUGUCGGUGUGUGUGUGUGCGAGCCUCUGGCUGGCGGCAUGCGCGGCGGCCGCCCGGCGCCGGCGGAGGCGCGGCCGGCGCGCUGACUCGAUGCGCGCGGUGGACAAGCGGCGCGCGCCGCUGCUGCUCGCCCUCGCCCUCGUCUGCACGUUAAGCUGCGCGACGGGGGCGGGCGUGUUCGAGCUGCAGAUCUUGGAGUUCAGCAACUACCGGCUGGAGCUAGCGUCGGGCUCGUGCUGCGGCGGCGCGCCCCGGCCCGUGCCCCCCGCCACAUCCCCCGCGUCGGUCCCGGGCUCUGCGCCCCUUGAGCCCGCCGUGUGCACGCGACCGUGCCGCACACGUUUCACGCUGUGCCUCAAAGAGUACCAGUCGGCGGCGGCGCCGGGCGCUUGCUCGUUCGGCCGCGCCGCCUCGCCCGUGCUCGGUACCGACUCCUUCACGCUCGCCGAGCCGCUUUACACGCUGGCACUGCCCUUCACAUUCCGCUGGACGCGCUCCUUUACGUUGAUUCUGCAGGCGUACGACGACCACGAGUAUGCGGAGCCAGAGGCGGGGCUGAUCGAGGAGGCGUGGUGGUCGGGCAUCGUGGAGCCGAGCGCGGAGUGGCACGCGCUGCGGCACGCGGGCGCCGCAGCCGCGCUGGCAUACCGAGUGCGUGUGCUUUGUCAACCCAACUACUACAACACCACCUGUACCACUUUCUGCCGCCCGCGUGACGACAAGUUCGGCCACUACUCGUGUUCCGCCGACGGCGAUAAGCACUGCCUGCCCGGGUGGCAAGGCGACAACUGCGAGAAACCUGUAUGUAAGGAGGGAUGCCAUCCGACCCACGGCCGAUGCGACCGCCCGGGAGAUUGCGACUGCCGGCCAGGGUGGCGCGGCGAGUUAUGCUCACAGUGUCAGCCGUACCCUGGCUGCAAGCACGGUUAUUGCAAUGGCUCCUCCUGGGACUGCACCUGUGACACCAACUGGGGUGGGAUACUCUGUGACCAAGACUUAAACUACUGCGGUACUCACGAGCCGUGUCAACAUGGCGGCACGUGCGAGAACACCGCACCGGACCAGUACCUGUGCCGCUGCGCCGAGGGCUUCUCCGGCGUAGACUGCGAGCGCGUGGACAACCCGUGCGCGCCGCAGCCGUGCGCUCACGGCUCGUGCGCCCUGGCCGCAUCGCCGCGCGGGUUCGCGUGCGCGUGCGAGCGCGGCUGGGGCGGCGCACUGUGCGACAUCGACGUGGACGACUGCGCCAGCGCGCCGUGCCUGCACGCCGCCACCUGCCGCGACCGCCUCGACGGCUUCACCUGCGAAUGCUCAGGUGGUUGGACCGGGCCCACCUGUGCUGACGACGUAGACGAAUGUGCGACUGCUGGCGCAGAGGGCGCGUUGGGUCCGUGCGUGAAUGCAGCGGCGUGCAAUAACACGCUUGGCGGCUACUCGUGCUCCUGUCUCGCCGGCUGGACGGGCAAGGACUGUGAGACCAAUGUGGAUGAUUGCACCGGACAGUGCCUGAACGGCGCUACGUGCAUCGACCUCGUAGAUGACUUCCACUGCGCGUGCGCGGCCGGAUAUGCGGGUCGUACGUGCGCGCGCGACGUCGACGACUGUGCGCCGCGCCCAUGCCGCAACGGUGGUGAGUGCGUGGACCUGCUCAACGCGUACCGCUGCAUCUGCCCCGUCGGCUUCUCCGGCACCAACUGCGAGCUGUCCUCGUGUCUGGGAAGGUACUGCCUGGACGACCGCGACCACUGCGCUGGCUCCCCUUGCGGCAAUGGCGCCGCGUGCUACACCGCACAGAGCGACUACUACUGCCACUGCGCGCCCGGCUGGACCGGCAAGAACUGCACCCAGCGCGCCGCCCGCGACCAGGUAGACGAGUGCGCCACCAAUCCUUGCCGAAACAAUGCAACCUGCGUCGAUGGCACCGCUGACUUUACCUGCAUAUGCCGCGACGGCUGGACCGGUAAGACAUGUUCAGCGCGCGUCGAUGACGCGGAACGGUGUCCCGAGGGGACCUGCUCCAAUGGAGCCACGUGCGUUCGGGAGGGAGGAGCGUGGCGAUGCGCAUGUGCGCAGGGCUGGGCUGGUGCCGCGUGCGAUGCGCCUUUGCCCACGGCCCCUCUUGCGGCUCCCGCGCCUCCUGCCGCUCCUGCGUGUCCGUGCGCCGCCGGUGGAACGUGCGUGGCGACGGGCGCCCCGCCCGGAUGGGCGUGUGCGUGUCGGCCGGACCGUACCGGCGCGCGGUGCGAGCUCGCGCUAGAGCCGUGCGCGUCGGCGCCAUGCCGUAAUGGCGGGCGGUGUGUCGGCGGCGCGGGCUGGUGGCGCUGCGAGUGCGCGCCGGGCUGGGCGGGCGACACGUGCGCCGCGCGCGCCGCCCCUACCUCCACGUGCCAUCCCACAUGCCCACCGCCCUCCACAUGCGCCGCCGACCGCUGCGUGUGCCCACCGUCCCCCCAGCGCGCUGCACGACGUUGUCUCGAACUAAUCGCUGGCCUCGGAGUAGACAACGAUGACGCUGGUGAUAGUGGUGACGGUGAUGAAGAAGAUGGCGGCGAGGGACGCGGUCGAGUGGACGCCGGGGGGGAGGAGGGGCCGGUGACGUGCGGUUCCGGCAACGGCACGUGGUGGUGGGGCUGCAACGCAUGCUGGUGCUCCGGCGGAGCUCCCGCUUGUACGAGGCUCUGGUGCGGCCUCCCUGAUUGUCUCGCGCCCAACGCGCAACCCUGCCGCACCGACGAGGUGUGUGUUCCGGCGGCUCCGGCGCUAUGCCUACGAGCGCCGUGCGCGCCGCUAGGCGAGUGCCGGCGCGUGGCGGGGCGCCGCGUGGAGCCGCCGGCCCUGCCUGCACCCGCCGCGUGCUGGCAGGGAGCGCGGGCGGCGACGGCGCCGGCGGGUUGCGCGCGCGCACAACUGCAACUUGCUCGAGAGCGCAUCGCCCGCGGCGCACACGUGGAACGUGCGUGCGCGGCGCUACGCCGGGCGCUCGCCGCCGCGCUGGCUGCACGAGACCCGCCCGCCCCACCACUAGCCUUACUCUGUGAUCUCGCUCCCGAUGAUGACGACGCAUUGGAUCUCGCGCUGUGGAUCGGCGACGAAGUGGGUUCGGAUGGCGCAUCUGGCGCGGCCGCUCUCGCCGACGCCGUGCGAGCGCUCGGCGACCUCGUGUCGCGACGCCGACUAGCGCGACACGCGCUACUUGGCGCCGCGCUGCGCCUGCGCGUGCCCCAACCGCCGCCCGCGCCCGCGCCUCCCCCGGCCGCCACACCCGUCGCCACGGUGGCCAUUGCCUCAGCCGCAUCGGGGCUGGUGGCGGCGGGCGCGUUGCUCGGCGCGUGGCUGCUGCGGCGGCGCCGGGUGGCCGCCGCAGAACGCUCGCGCCGCUGCGACGAGGAGAAGUCAAAUAACCUCCAGAACGAAGAGAACCUGCGCCGGUACGCGAACCCGCUGCGGGAGGAGAGUCGCGCGGGCGGCGGUGUGGGCGAGGAGCUGCCGCGCGCCCACUCUCUGUACAAGGCGCAGAACGCCGACGCGCGCAACGACACGCCGCCGCGCGACAAGGAGCUGACGAAGCGCGCGCUGCCGCCGCCCGAGCCGCCGCCCGCGCGCCACCCGCCGCCCGAGCCGCUCACCAUGCUCGUGUGAUAUUAGUUAGCGUUAGCAGAUAGUGUGCAUUGUGUCGCGUACGACUGCAGUCCAGUCACCCACUGUCACACAAACUAUUAUAAUAAUUUAUUGUGUUGAUUUCUUACUGUGAUUGUACAUAUGUAUGUUUGUAAAUAUUGUUAGGAUCGCUUAGAGAAUGUUCUACACACGUGUUUUAAAAAGCGUAUUAAUGUAAAGGUUGUAAAGAUAUAAAAAUAUAAAAAGAAAUGAUUGUUUUAAUAAAAUAAUUUGAGCUUG